GCUGGUUCAGCCCGCCCUAACUCUGGGGAGGGGGUGGGGCGGGGGGAGCCCUAUAAUUGGAGGAGGACGGGAUCCCAGAUCCCUGCGCAUCCCCUGGAGCCUAAGGACUGGUUUCCGCAGGAGCUGAUUGGCCAAUCGCAGGCGGAACGAUGAAGGUUCUGUGGGCGGUGCUGGCGGUCUCGUUGCUGGCAGGAUGUCUGGCGGAAGGAGAGCCGGAGCUGGAGCCUGAGGUGACAGACCGGGUUGGAUGGCCGAGCAACAAACCCUGGGAGCAGGCGCUGGGCCGCUUCUGGGAUUACCUGCGCUGGGUGCAGACGCUGUCUGACCAGGUCCAAGAGGAACUGCAGAGCACACAAGUCACCCAGGAACUGACGGUGCUGAUGGAAGACACCAUGACAGAGGUGAAGGCUUACAAGGCGGAGCUGGAGGAACAGCUGGGCCCAAUGGCCGAGGAGACGCGGGCCCGCCUGACCAAGGAGGUGCAGGCGGCCCAGGCACGGCUCGGAGCAGACAUGGAGGAUGUGCGCAACAGGCUGGUGCUGUACCACAACGAGCUGCAAACGAUGCUGGGCCAAAGCACAGAGGAGCUGCGAGCACGCUUCGCCACGCACCUGCGCAAACUGCGCAAGCGCCUGAUGAGGGAUGCGGAGGAUCUGCAGAAGCGCCUGGCAGUGUAUAAGGCUGGGGCGCAUGAGGGCGCCGAGCGCGGUGUAAGCGCCAUCCGUGAGCGCCUUGGGCCACUGGUGGAGCAGGGCCGCCAGCGCACUGCCAGCCUAGGCACUGUGGCCACCCAGCCGCUGCGGGAUCGCGCCCAGGCCUUGGGUGCCCGGAUCCGAGGGCGUCUGGAGGAGAUGGGCAACCAGGCCCGAGACCGCCUGGAGGAGAUGCGUGAGCAAAUGGAGGAAGUGCGUGCCAAGGUGGAGGAGCAGGCCCAGCAGAUGCGAGUGCAGGCGGAGGUUUUCCAGGCCCGCCUCAAGGGUUGGUUCGAGCCACUGGUGGAAGAUAUGCAGCGCCAGUGGGCAAACCUGGUGGAGAAGAUCCAGGCCUCUGUGGCCGCCAACCCCAAACACCCCACCCUGGCACCCAUCGAGAGUCAAUGAGUGCCCCCCUCACCUGCCUUGCUACCCUCAGCCAGCAGGUGGCCCUGUCCCCAAAACCAUCCUGGUCCCCUGGUGGCCCUUGCUUAAUAAAGAUUUGCCAAGCACCUCC